CCUGAAUGUCUGAUUGCUGUGAGGAGGGUCCUAUCACCUGCCUGCAUCAGAACCAUGUGUGACCAGCAGCAGAUUCAGUGUUGCAUGUCACUCCCCCAGUGCUGUGUGAAGGGCUCCUCCUUCUAUCCCUCCCAGAAUCCCAGUGCCAGGAGCCAGGUUGUGGUCCAAGCACCUUGUGAGAUGCAAAUUGUGGAGUGCCCCGCACCAUGCCCAGUUCAAGUUUCCCAGGUAAAAUGCCAGGCUCCAUGCCAGUCCCAGACCACACAGGUGAAGUGUCAGGCUCCAUGCCAGUCUAAGACCACCCAAGUGAAGGGCCAGGCUUCAAGCCAGUCCCAGACCACCCAAGUGAAGAGCCAGGCUUCAAGCCAGUCUCAAAUUUCCUGUGUUCAAUGCCAGGCUCCAUGCAAGCCUCAGGUUUCCUAUGUGCAUUGUGAAGCCCCAUGCCCUUUUCAGACCUGCUAUAUGGAAUGUGCUCCAGUUUAUUAUACAGAAACUUGUUAUGUGGAAUGCCCAGUCCAGACCUACAUACCCUGUCCAGCUCCUCAGCCUGUCCAGACUUACGUGGCUUCUCCCCCAGUUUCCCAGACUCAGGGAAGAUUCUCCACUCAGUGCCAGUAUCAGGGCUCCUCCAACAGAUGCUCCCCGCAGCGUCAGUCCCAGGCUUCCUACAGCACCUGUGCCCCGCAGUUCCGAUCUGGGGCUUACUACGGCGACUGCGCCCCCCAGCGCCAGUCCCGGGCUGCAUUUAGCACUUGCGCACCCCAGUGCCAGGCCACUGGCUCUUACCGGAGCUUCACCGCACAGCGUCGCUCGCGGAGCUCCACCAGAUGCCUCCCUGCUCGCCAGCUGCAGCCUUCCUACCGCAGCUGCUCCCCACCACGACGGUCUGAGCCCUACUACAGCGGCUGCCUGUCAUCAGCGUGCUCUUCGGGCUCCUAUAACUACUGCACCCCUCCGCGCCGCUCGGAGCCCAUCUAUAGCAGUGGCUGUCCUCGGGGUCGCACUUCAGGCUGCUCUCAGAGAUGUGGUCCCAAGUGCCGGAUAGAGAUUUCUUCCCCCUGCUGCCCCAAGCAGGUCCCCCCGCAAAAGUGUCCUGUUCAGAUUCCUCCCAUCAGACGCUGCUCUGAGAGUUGUGCCCCACGACCCUCCUGGGGUGCCUUCUGCCCGGAGCUGAGGCCACGUGUAGAGUCACGUCCACUCCCAAGCUUCUGUCCACCGCGGCGUCGGGACCAAAGUCCAGAGCCGCCGCUGCAUCGAUGCCCACCCCCUGCCCCCUGUCCAUGCCCACGUCCUGCUCCGCGGCUGUAUCCUCGCCCAGAGCCAAGCUCGAGGUCAGGGCCUCGUCCGUGUCCUCCACCGCGGCGACUCUCUGAACCCGGUCUGUGUCCAGAGCCACGUCCAGCCCCACGUCGUUUCCCAGCGCAGCGUGAAUUUCCCGAAUGGCGUCCGUGUCCACAGCCCUAUGAGCAUCCAGAACCUCAUUCACUCCCGGAGCCAAUUCCCCUUCCAGCGCCGUGCCCGAGCCCGGAGCCCUGUGUGGAGCCCCCGUGCGAUCCCAGCCCUUGCUCAGGCCCCAAUCCAAUCUCAUGUCCGGGGGACCUGGGCUGUCAUGAGUCCAGCCCAUGCCGCCUGGACACCGAGGCUCCAAGCUGCGACCCAGCUGCUUAUAACCAGUGGCAAGGAAGUGGUGACAGCUGUGGACCCUGUGAUAUGACUCCAGAGCCACAGGGUGUCAGUGAUUGUGGAGACCAAGGAGGCCCCUAUGUUGGAGUAAAAGGAGGUCCUUCUGCUGGAACAAAGGGUGCUUAUUUUUAAAGAAGCAUGGCUGAGACAUCCCUGCUUUCUGCCCUGAAAAUGUCAGACCUCGAUUUCCAACAUGUCCCUAUGUGCCUCUCUCCAAAGGCAGUUGGAGGCUCCCUGCUGCAGAGGUGAUGUUGGAACUCCACUGCCUGCCAUCUCAGGAUCCACACCUGGGUGCCAGGCACCUUUCCAGCCUCACAUCUGGAUCUUCCCCUAUAAGAACCCUCAGUUCUAGCUAGACCAGCCUGGCCACCAGGGCCACAGGAUGUUCCUGCCUCCAAGUCUCUGCUCACCUCCACACCACCCCUACCCCACCCCGCCUUACAGGGACCACUUCUCUGCUAUGCCCAGCCUCUGAAAUCCAGACCAUCUUUCAAGACCUUUUCUUUGGAGUCUUUUCUGUUUUUUCCUAGUCACAGUAACCUGCACUGACUUCCUAGAACUCAUUGCAUUGUCCACACCAACCAUUUGGCAACUGUCUGCAACAUCUCUUGAAUUAUUUACCUUUCCCUGCCCAACUAGGUUGUAAACUCCCAUUAAAAUGGAGUGAGAAUAUCCCUAAAGUCCCGUGCUCCUCCUUUGGCAGGAAGCUGCUCAGCCAAGUGUGUGGGUUGGCAGCCUGAGCCAUGAUCUAUCCUGAUAGGCAGACCCAGGAUUGAGGACAGAAGGAGGCCAUGUGACAAUAAAGACGAUACUCUCAUAGCCUGAGUCCUGCAUAAUGACUGUUUUUUUUUACACCUUCCUGACUCUCUGGGAUAAGCUGCUUCUUCUUCUUCUUCUUCCUCUUCUUCGUCUUCAUCUUCGUCUUUAUCUUCGUCUUCUUUCAAAAUCAAUGCUGGGUUUAUUGAAAAAAGACUGGGAUAAGCUUCUUUAUUACUCUUUUUCUUGAGUUUAUUGUACCCAUGGUCUGAGCUUUCCUUAACCAGUGGGCUUCCUUGUGGGUUUUCUGUCUCCCCUCAGUGUCCUGGAGUCUGGUAGGAGAAUAUGGAUAAAAGGCAGGAGGAAUGAGAGAACAAGAAAAAUAACUCUUGCUCCUCAAUCUGGGUUAAAGCUCUCAGGUCCAAGCUAGACAGGUCACCCAGCAGUCUGUGGAGUCGGUAGGAGGAGGGGAGCUUGAGGAGAACUGGAGGAUCUCUGGUAUUCCACACAGGAUACACUCUUCUUUUGUUCAGGUUAAACUGUUUGUACUUUUCUUUUCUUUACUUUUUUUUUUUAACAUCGUAGAAAAGGUAGCAUCUGAGGCUGCCUCUGCAUUCCUCUACAUCUCUUGAAUCCCAUUUGGCAUGGUGGUCUUGACAGCAUAAGGGUGAGGCUUGGAGGCGCAGGAGAGAGAGGGUGCCUUUUCCUCCCACUCCCUCCCUGAGAUUUUGGUAGAGUCCCAUCCCUAAGGAAUGUGGUGAGAAAAGUCCUCAAGAUACAGGAAGGCAGCCUGGCUAUGUGCCUAAGUGACAUCCCUCAUGACCAUGUAACAUGAGACCACCUAAUCAGACUGUAUGUCUAUACAUUACUCAUAUAUGGGAGACAAAGAAGUAGAAAAUGCAUACAAGACUAUGCCAUGUGGCAUUUGGUCUCAGUUUUUCGGGUACAAACCCAACUGAGCCAGUGCUGGGACAAAUAAAGUUGCUUCCUGG